GCGAGCACUCCCUUUUUAACUGUGAGGGGAGAUGGCCAAAAUGAAGCCUUGGUAUUUCAAGGAAAAACUGUCAUAUUAAGUUGCUUCUUAGGAUGGGGAGGGGUGUGGGAUUUUGAGGGAUGGAUAGUUGAAAUUUCAAAACCCUUCUUGGGAACAGGACUAAGCCCCUCGCCCCCGUAUCGGUAGCCUGGGUUAGGGGAUAGGCCCUAGAGUUUAUCCCCGUUUGAAUGUCUCAUGAGGGCAUCUCUAAACCCGACCUUUAUCCUGCUUAUCCUGUUCCUGAAGGCACCCAUUUAAGGACAGAGGGAAGUGCAAAAUAGUUCAAGGAGAUGCCUACAUAGAAGAGUGACAGCAGCUGGACCGAAUGUUUCACUGCUGAACUGGUUCCUCAGGUAUCCUGGCUCUGGUGAUUGCUAUGGGAGAGUGGAUGACUGUUACAGAUCCAGAUCUGUCUUCAGAAAGCAAAAAUAUCUGUCAAUAUACCUCAGAAACAAAGAUGUCUCCAUCAAGUUUAUACUCACAGCAAGUGCUAUGUUCUUCAAUACCUUUAUCAAAAAAUGUGCACAGUUUUUUCAGUGCCUUCUGCACAGAGGAGAAUAUUGAACAAAGUGUUUCAUAUCUUGAUCAGGAAUUGACUACUUUCGGUUUUCCUUCAUUAUAUGAAGAAUCCAAAGGUAAAGACACAAAGAGAGAAUUAAAUAUAGUUGCUGUUUUAAAUUGUAUGAAUGAGCUACUUGUACUUCAGCGGAAGAACCUUCUAGCUCAGGAAAAUGUAGAAACACAGAAUCUGAAACUGGGAAGUGAUAUGGACCAUCUGCAGAACUGCUAUGCAAAACUUAAGGAGCAACUGGAAACCUCCAGGAGAGAAAUGAUUGGGCUUCAGGAAAGAGACAGACAGUUACAGUGCAAGAACCGGAAUUUGCAUCAGCUACUGAAAAAUGAAAAAGAUGAAGUACAAAAAUUACAAAAUAUCAUUGCAAGUAGAGCUACUCAAUAUAAUCAUGAUAUGAAGAGAAAAGAACGUGAAUAUAAUAAAUUAAAGGAGCGUCUGCAUCAACUUGUUAUGAACAAGAAGGAUAAAAAAAUAGCUAUGGAAGUUUUAAAUUAUGUGGGGAGAGCUGAUGGAAAAAGAGGCUCCUGGAGGACGGGUAAAACUGAGGCCAGUUUCUUUCUCAGGAAUGAAGAUGAAAUGUAUAAAAUUCUCUUGAAUGAUUAUGAAUAUCGUCAGAAACAAAUCCUAAUGGAAAAUGCUGAACUUAAGAAGGUUCUUCAGCAAAUGAAAAAGGAAAUGAUUUCUCUUCUUUCUCCCCAAAAGCAGAAACCUAGAGAAAGAGCAGAUGAUAGUACAGGAACUGUUAUCUCUGAUGCUGAGGAAGAUGCUGGGGAACUGAGUAGGGAGAGUAUGUGGGACCUUUCCUGUGAAACUGUGAGAGAGCAGCUUACCAACAGCAUCAGAAAGCAGUGGAGAAUUUUGAAAAGUCAUGUAGAAAAGCUUGAUAACCAAGUUUCAAAGGUACACUUAGAAGGUUUCAAUGAUGAAGACGUAAUCUCACGACAAGACCACGAACAAGAAACUGAAAAACUCGAGCUGGAAAUUCAACAGUGUAAAGAAAUGAUUAAAACUCAGCAGCAGCUUUUACAGCAGCAGCUUGCUACUGCAUGUGAUGACGACACCACUUCACUGCUUCGAGACUGCUACUUGUUGGAAGAAAAGGAGCGCCUCAAGGAAGAGUGGUCCCUAUUUAGAGAGCAAAAAAAGAAUUUUGAAAAGGAAAGACGAAGCUUUACAGAAGCGGCUAUCCGCCUAGGAUUGGAGAGAAAGGCAUUUGAAGAAGAAAGAGCCAGUUGGUUAAAGCAACAGUUUUUAAAUAUGACUACCUUUGACCACCAGAACUCAGAAAAUAUGAAACUUUUCAGUGCCUUCUCAGGAAGUUCUGAUUGGGACAGUCUUACAAUGCACUCAAGGCCACGGCAAAAGAAGCCUCAGAAUAUGUCUAACGGGUCUCCAGUUUGCACAUCUAAACUUACUAAGUCUCUUCCCGCUUCUCCUUCUACUUCAGACUUUUGCCAGACUCGUUCCUGUGCAUCUGAACAUAGUAGUUCAGUCAACGUACUGAAUAUAACUCCUGAAGAAACUAAACCAAAUCAGGUUGGAAGAGAAUGUGCAAAUCAGAAGUGGAGCAUGGCAUCGAGACCUGAGUCACAGGAAGGUUGCUAUAGUGGGUGCUCCUUGACCUACACCAACUCCCAUGUAGAAAAAGAUGACUUACCUUAGACGUGUGGACUGGAACUGUUUUCAUUAACACGUUCAUCAGAUUUCACAUCUAAGUUGAAACAGGGUGUGUCAUAAAGUCAGUCAUCUCUACUAA